AUGUCGACGAGUUCUCAGAUUCCUUGUGGACGGGUGACAUUAAAUGACGGGAAUGAAAUGCCACUGAUUGGUUUAGGUAGCUUGAAGCAGAAAUUUAGCAGCUCAGUUCGAACAGCGCUUGAAGCUGGGUAUAGGCUUUUUGAUACAGCUGAGUUAUAUGGAACGGAAGGUGAACUAGGAGCCGCUUUGGAGGAGAAUUUACCAAAAUGUGGACUGCAACGAGAAGACAUUUUUAUAACUACAAAAGUUCAAAUAAAAAAUGAAAAUGCUGCCGAGUGGACUGAAGAAAGUGUUAUGGGAUCGCUGCAAAGACUUAGGACGAAAUACCUCGAUCUUGUCUUGAUUCACUAUCCUAGAGAUCGGUUGACUGGUACUGAUGAGGAGUAUGAGGUCAACAAGAAAAGCAGAAAAGAAGUAUGGCAGGUUCUAGAACAGCUCAAAGAUCGCGGUCUCAUAAAUUCAAUAGGAGUAUCAAACUAUGAAGUAUACCACCUCGCAGAAUUACAUGAAUAUGCGAAGCACAAGCCGGCCGUAAAUCAGGUUGAGUUUCACCCGUAUUUAACUCGUCCGACUCUUAUCAACUACUGCACACAAAAUGGGAUAUUUGUCCAGGCGUUUUCUUCACUCUUGCGAGGAAACAAAGAGAUCCUGAAUGAACUCAUCAUUAAGAAACUGGCUGAGAAGUUCGACCUCUCGCCACAGACAAUUCUAUAUGCCUUUGCCGUAUGUUCUGGAAUUGGAAUCAUCCCGAGGUCGGUAACUCCUGAAAGGAUUCGAGACAAUAUGGUAAAAGUAGCGGCAGAUGAAUUUUCGCAAAGACGAACUGGAAAUCGCUACGAGAGCUUCGAACGCGUAAUGUUGCUUUUUGUCUCUCAUUGA